CAGGGGCGGAGGAGGCGGCGGCAGCAGAGGAGAGAGCGGGAGGAGGGAGGGAACGCAGGAAGAGGGCAACCGAAGGCCGGGCCAGGUGGCUGGACCGGGUGCUGGCUACGCUGCUCUCGGUUCCGACGGCCUCUCUCAUGCGUUGAGGGCGCCCGGCUGGGCCGGGCCGGCGGCCGGAGGGAAGGCUCCUCUCCAUGGUCCAGAAGACCAGCAUGUCCCGGGGCCCUUACCCAUCCUCCCAGGAGAUCCCCAUGGAGGUCUUCGACCCCAGCCCACAGGGCAAAUACAGCAAGAGGAAAGGGCGGUUCAAAAGGUCGGAUGGGAGCACAUCCUCGGAUACAACAUCCAACAGCUUUGUCCGCCAGGGCUCAGCAGAGUCCUACACCAGCCGUCCGUCGGACUCUGACGUGUCUCUGGAGGAGGACCGGGAAGCCUUAAGGAAGGAGGCAGAGCGUCAGGCGUUAGCCCAGCUAGAGAAAGCCAAGACCAAGCCAGUGGCAUUUGCUGUGCGGACAAAUGUCGGCUACAACCCAUCUCCAGGGGAUGAGGUGCCUGUGCAGGGAGUGGCCAUCACCUUCGAGCCUAAGGACUUCCUGCACAUCAAAGAGAAAUACAAUAAUGACUGGUGGAUCGGGCGACUGGUGAAGGAGGGCUGUGAGGUUGGCUUCAUCCCCAGCCCUGUCAAACUGGACAGCCUGCGCCUGCUGCAGGAACAGAAGCUGCGCCAGAACCGCCUCAGCUCCAGCAAAUCAGGUGACAACUCCAGCUCCAGCCUGGGAGACGUGGUGACUGGCACCCGCCGCCCCACGCCCCCUGCUAGUGGUAAUGAAAUGACUAACUUAGCCUUUGAACUAGACCCCCUAGAGUUAGAGGAUGAGGAGGCAGAGCUCGGGGAGCAGAGCGGCUCUGCUAAGACUAGUGUUAGCAGUGUCACUACCCCGCCGCCCCACGGCAAGCGCGUCCCCUUCUUCAAGAAGACAGAACACGUGCCCCCUUAUGAUGUGGUACCUUCCAUGAGGCCCAUUAUCCUGGUGGGACCGUCGCUCAAGGGCUAUGAGGUUACAGAUAUGAUGCAGAAAGCUUUAUUUGACUUCUUGAAGCAUCGGUUUGAUGGCAGGAUCUCCAUCACUCGUGUGACAGCGGACAUUUCCCUGGCUAAGCGAUCAGUCCUUAACAACCCCAGCAAACACAUCAUCAUUGAGCGUUCCAACACACGCUCCAGCCUGGCUGAGGUUCAGAGCGAGAUCGAGCGGAUCUUUGAGCUAGCCCGAACCCUUCAGUUGGUUGCUCUGGACGCUGACACCAUCAACCAUCCAGCCCAGCUCUCCAAGACCUCACUGGCCCCCAUCAUUGUUUACAUCAAGAUCACCUCUCCUAAGGUUCUUCAGAGGCUCAUCAAGUCUCGAGGGAAGUCUCAGUCCAAACACCUCAACGUCCAAAUAGCGGCCUCAGAGAAACUGGCGCAGUGUCCCCCUGAGAUGUUUGACAUCAUCCUGGAUGAGAACCAAUUGGAGGACGCCUGCGAGCACUUGGCAGAGUACUUGGAAGCCUAUUGGAAGGCUACACACCCGCCCAGCAGCACUCCGCCCAAUCCGCUGCUGAACCGCACCAUGGCUACUGCAGCCCUGGCUGCCAGCCCUGCCCCUGUCUCCAACCUCCAGGGACCCUACCUUGCUUCCGGGGACCAGUCGCUGGAACGGGCCACGGGGGAGCACGCCAGUGUGCACGAGUACCCGGGAGAGCUGGGCCAGCCCCCAGGCCUUUACCCCAGCAGCCACCCGCCAGGCCGGGCGGGCACCCUGCGGGCACUGUCCCGCCAAGACACGUUUGAUGCCGACACCCCUGGCAACCGAAACUCUGCCUACACGGAGCUGGGAGACUCGUGUGUGGACAUGGAGACUGACCCCUCCGAGGGGCCAGGGCUUGGAGACCCUGCAGGGGGCAGCACCCCACCAGCCCGACAGGGAUCCUGGGAGGAUGAGGAAGAAGACUAUGAAGAGGAGCUGACCGACAACCGGAACCGCGGCCGGAAUCAGGCCCGCUACUGCGCGGAGGGCGGGGGCCCAGUUCUGGGGCGCAACAAGAACGAGCUGGAGGGUUGGGGGCGGGGUGUCUACAUCCGCUGAGGGGCAGGGGCUACACAGUGGGAGGAAGGGCUCUUGAGCCCAAGAGAGGGGAGGGACAGGGGGGCUCACCACGGAGGUGUAUCUUGCCUCCAGGGGGCGCUGUCUCCCUCCUUUCGGAUGCCUUUGCUCAGAUUGGGGUUUCUUAGGUGGUAACCUUCCACCCAGCUCCUACCUGCUGUGGAUGUAUGGAGGAUGCCCACCUUUCUGCAGUAUCCCCUUCUCCACCUCAGGGGGCUCUCUCCCUUCACCCAGAGAAAAGGUGCACUUGCUUAACUCCUACUCCGGGCUCUAAAAUGGUGUGGCCCUUUCUUUUCCACCCUGGAGUAUUUGGGAAUGAGGGGGGGAGGGGCUUUUCCUGGAGAGGGAGACCAGAGACUCUCACAUGAGGGCUCUCUUCCCCAAACCCCAGAUCCGGCGUCCUUUACCAUGAGCCCCGCCCCCAGCACCUGCCUGCAGCUUCCUGACUUCAUUGUCUGGGAGGUGAAAGCUAUAGCACUGGAAGCUCCGUGGGGAGCUGUCUCACGGAGUGGUCUGGAGUGGUCUGGGCAGAUGCUGGCAGGCAUCAGGUGCAGUGCCCUGUGCCUGCCCAGGACCUAGAACCCUGAGGAGGAGGCCACCCGAGAUGCUGCUCCCAGUCCCACCACCUCCAUGCCUCAAGCCUUUGCCUACCCCAGGAAUGAGCUUUGCCUACAAUAUCCCUUGCCUGCUGCCAUCAGAAGAGGGGGCCCCUCUGCAUCUGAGCCCCCCCAUCCUGUCGUCACCUGGGCCCAUGGAACACUCUGAUCCGCCUCAUUUUGAAACCAAAAAAACUGCUCCUUCAUUCUCACCCUGAGGCCCCAGGGAAGAGGCCCGAUGGUUGGUGCCCCAGAGUUAAUCACCACCCCAGGGGUUGCCUCUGGACAUCAGAUCUCCCCUGGAGGGGUGGGGGGCUUGGCUGCUGCUGCUGCUGCUGCUCUGUAUUUGCCUCUUGUGAUCCUGUCCUUUACCCAUGUCCACUGCACCCAGGAGAGGCCUUGGUACGCCCUCUGCUCUGGAGUGUCCCUCUGCCUAGCAUCCCAUUGCCCAGCAGCUCUGCCCCCCAGUACCCAGCUGGGCCAGAGAGAGCCGAUUGUGCCAACGAGGACUGGGCCCUGCCCGGCUGCCCGCCUCAGGGAUGGGCACCUCAUGCCUGUCUCGCCACCUCCUGUGCCAAUGUUGUCCCACCCCACCCUCCACCUGGGGUGGGGUGCAGCUUCCACUUACCGGUUAGAAGAGACCACUGCCCAACCCCUCCCCUUUCCUGUCUGGUGUCCUGUGCCCCCAUCUGUCUGUCUGUUCGUCUGUACUACCCUAGAAGUAUUUUGCCACAUAUAAAACCGCCGUCCUGUCCUUUG